GGGGUGUAACUGAAGCAUUGUGGCGGUCACUACAUCUGAUGUUCGUACAUCAGCCAGUAGAUGGAGUUAAAGUCCCAUUAUGGAGUUACAGUCCCAUCAUUAGUCUACAGAUUUGUUUAUGGACUUUUUUGGCUUGGACGACUUGAUGAAACCAGAUGCAUUUAUCUGGAGUUUAUUUAUCAAACUAGACACACCAGCAAGAAAGAAGUUGUCGGCUUCUCAGUAUCCAACCUGCAAGUAGUCUGAGUCCCUUACAGUAUGAGGGAACAUCGCUCCAAUCAGGUAUAGCCUAGGCAAAGUGCCACUUACACCACUGUAAUCAUCAGCCUCCUCCUCCACCCAUUUCCCUGAGUUAAACACGAACGAUUUCCCUGGAGAUCCGCUUAUCCCCAGAAAUGUCACUGCCUUGAGGGAAAGGCAUGCGAUAUCACCUUGUUCGCAUUACUAAGGAUUAUAUGCUUUUACCAAUAUGUUGCGAGUUGUUGUGGAAUCAGCUAAAGGACUUCCCAAAAAGAAACUUGGGGUUCCCGAUCCCAUUACGUCAAUAAUUUUCAAAGGAGAAAAGAAGAAGACCAAAUCAAUUAGCAAUGAAGUGAAUCCAGUUUGGAAUGAAGUUCUCGAGUUUGACUUGAAGGGUGCUGCACUAGAGUCCACAGCCUUCAUCGAUGUCAUCGUAAAGGACUAUGAAACAAUUGGCAAAGACAAAUUCCUUGGCUCAGCAAAAGUGUCCUUGAAAGACCUAGCCAGCGGCCAAGUCAGAUCUCUCCCAUCAAAAAACUUAGCGCUUGCCAAUGACAGUGGCCAGGAUAUUGGGGCGACUAUUGACCUUGUGAUUGGAUACGAAGCUCCUGCCAAUGCCCCACCCAACCCUAAUGAGCAGAAGGAUGGAGACGUCAGUGUUGGAGAUGCAGGUUUGGGUGAUGAAGGAGACGAGACCCAGGCCGAUGGCGCUCCGGCUGGAAGCACAGGGGAAUCCGCUGUCCUGCCCCAUCAGAACGUCUUCAGGAAGGCCCGCAAACGCCAGCGGGCCCUGGUCAACAAGCCACAGGACUUCCAGAUUCGCUUCCGGGUCAUAGAAGGUCGCCAGUUGCCAGGAAACAACAUUAAACCCGUUGUCAAGGUGAACGCUUGUGGUGAAACGCAUCGGACGAGAAUCAAAAGAGGCAACAAUCCAUUCUUUGAUGAGAUGUUCUUCUACAAUGUCCACAUGUUGCCGUCCGAUCUCUUUGAUCAGUACAUCAGCAUACGGGUGUAUGAUUCAUCUUCCUUAAGGGCAGACAGCCUCAUGGGCGAGUUCAAGAUCGAUGUUGGCUUUGUCUAUGAUGAGCCAGCUCACUGUGUCAUGAGAAAAUGGCUGCUCCUGAAUGACCCUGAUGACUCCAACUCUGGGGCCAAGGGCUACCUCAAAGUCAGCAUCUUCAUCGUGGGCACUGGGGAUGAGCCUCCGGGGGAGAAGCGGGAGCGAGACAGCGACCAGGACGACAUCGAGAGCAACCUGCUCCUGCCGGCUGGCCUGACCCUCCGCUGGGUGACCCUCAAGCUCAAAGUCUUCAGAGCGGAGGACAUCCCUCAGAUGGAUGAUGCUUUCGCCCAGUCUGUCAAGCAGCUCUUUGGCGGGGAUGGGAACAAGAAGAAUCUGGUGGACCCGUUUCUGGAAGCGUGGUUUGCUGGGAAGAAGCUGUGCACUCAGAUCAUAGAGAAGAACGCCAACCCCGAGUGGAAUGAAAUGCUCAACCUUCAAGUCAAGUUCCCCUCUAUGUGUGAGCGAAUCAAACUGACCAUCUUUGACUGGGAUCGUCUCACCAGAAACGAUGCAGUUGGCACCACGUACCUGAACUUGGCCAAAAUAGCGUCCUCUGGUGGUGAAGUUGAAGAUGAACACUCAGAGUAUGGGCCUUUACCAGGACAUGAAGUGCAAGCUGGGGAAUCUGAGGUGGGCUUCCUCCCCACGUUUGGCCCCUGCUAUGUCAACUUCUAUGGAAGUCCCAGAGAGUUCAGCGGGCUGCCUGACCCCUAUGAGGACCUCAACCACGGAAAGGGUGAAGGCGUGGCGUACAGAGGGAGGGUGCUUGUUGAGCUGUCCACUCAGCUGGAGGGUAAAGCAGACAAAGAGGUGGACAAAAUGUCCAACGAUGACAUUUUGGUUGUUCAGAAGUACCAGCGCAGGAGGAAGUACAGCCUGUGUGCAGUGUUCCACGCAGCCUGCAUGAUCCAGGAGCCUGGCGAGCCCAUUCAGUUUGAGGUCAGCAUCGGUAACUAUGGCAACAAGCUGGACUCCACCUGCAAGCCCCUGGCUUCUACCACCCAGUACGGCUGUGCUGUGUUUGAUGGGAAUCACUACUACUACCUUCCCUGGGCUGACACUAAGCCUGUGGUUGUCGUCACCUCUUUCUGGGAAGACAUCAGUCACAGACUGGAUGCAGUGAACAUCAUCCUGUACAUUGCUGACAGACUGCAAGAGAAUAUCAAUGCUAUGAAGAUAGCCAUUGAUGCCAAGGUCCCUGACAACCGUUUGGAUGAGAUCUGGGUGAGGCUCGUGAACCAGCUGGUGGAUGACCUGACCAGUGUCCAGUUACCGGACCUGGAGGGAAUGGCCAACUUGACCGCGCUGGAUAUCCAGAUAAAGAAGCUGCGGGACCAGGCCCUGGGCCUCAUGAGGGAGCAGGCCCAGAGGAUGGUGCAGGAGGCCUCGGACGUCAGGGAGACGCUGGGCACCAUCGAGGGCUGGCUGGACAAACUCAAGCAGCUCGCAGAAGAGCCUCAGAACAGCAUGCCUGAUGUCAUCAUCUGGAUGCUGCGUGGUGAGAAGCGGGUGGCCUACGCCCGAAUCCCCGCCCACGAGGUGCUUCACUCCACCCAAAGCGAGGAGGCGUGCGGACAGCACUGCGGGAAAACCUACAACAUCUUCCUCAAGCACCCCAUGGACAAAAGCAAAGGACAGAAGCUCCCGGUUCAGGUCCGGUUGAACAUGUGGCUGGGCCUGUCUGCGAAUGAGAAGAAGUUUAAUGCCUUUGCCGAGGGAACCUUUAGUGUGUUUGCGGAGUUGUAUGAGAACCAGGCAGAAGUGUUUGGGAAGUGGGGGACAACAGGCCUUUUGACCCGGCCCAAGUACUCCGACGUGACGGGCAAAAUUAAGGUGAAGCAGGAGUACUUCCUGCCCCCUAAAUCUUGGGAGUGGGAAGCAGACUGGUUCAUCGACCCAGAGAGGAGUCUGCUGACGGAGGCUGACGCGGGACACACAGAGUUUCUGGACGAGGUGUUUGAGAAUGAGACUCGUCUCCCAGGCAGAGACUGGAAGUCUGCGUCUGAGCCCUACACUGACGUGAAUGGGGAGAAGGCCCAGAGUCCGUCGGAGAUUGAGUGUCCAUCAGGCUGGGCGUGGGAAGAUGCCUGGAGCUUUGACAUCAAUCGAGCAGUGGACGAGAAAGGAUGGGAGUAUGGGAUAACAAUCCCCCCAGAUGAUAAGCCCAAGUCCUGGGUGCCUGCUGAGAAGAUGUACCACGUGCACCGGCGGAAGAGGUUGAUCCGACCCAGGAAGAGGGUGGCUGGCGCUGCCGCAGCUGAGAGGAAGGAUAUAGGGGAUCCAGAGGGCUGGGAGUUUUCCUCUCUGAUUGGCUGGAAAUUCCACAAGAAGGAGCGCUCAUCGGACACAUUCCGCCGCCGGCGGUGGAGGAGGAAGAUGGCUCCAGGACACCGUGUCGGAGCGUCAGCCAUCUUCAACCUAGAGGGGGCAGUGGGCACCGAAACGGAGGAGAAGGGCUCUAAGGAUGCAAGCAAAGCAUUUGGCGCAAACACUCCCACCGUCUCCUGUACAUUUGAACGAGCCUCUGUGUACCACUUGAGGGUGUAUGUGUACCAAGCCAGAAGCCUCAUGGCCUUAGACAAAGACAGCUUCUCAGACCCAUACGCUCACGUGUCCUUCUUACACAUGAGCAAAACCACAGAGACGGUGAAAGCCUCCCUGAACCCGACAUGGGAUCAGACCCUGAUCUUCGACAGCGUGGAGAUCUACGGAGAUCCGCAGGCCAUGGCACAGAACCCACCCCCUGUGGUGCUGGAGAUCUAUGACAAAGACCAAGUGGGGAAGGAUGAGAUGCUGGGCAGGACCACGUGUAAGCCUCAGGUGAAGCUGCACCCAGGCAUGGACAUCACCCCCAAACUACUCUGGCACCCCGUCACGCAGAGGGGAGAACACGCAGGGGAUGUCCUGGUGUCUGCUGAGCUCAUUCUGAAGGAUAAGGGAAGUGACGCAGACCUGCCCCUGGUCCCUCCCAAGAGGGGGGAGAAGCUGUACAUGGUGCCCCAAGGAGUGAGGCCCGUGGUCCAGCUCACUGCUAUUGAGAUUUUGGCAUGGGGUUUGCGUAACAUGAAGUCGUACCAGCUGGCCAGUGUGUCGUCUCCCAGUCUGGUUGUCGAGUGUGGAGGCGAGGUCGUCCAUUCAGCCACCAUCAGGAACAUGAAGAAGAGCCCCAACUUCCCCGUCUCCGUCCUCUUCCUCAAAGUGCUCCUACCCAAAGAGGAGAUGUACACGCCUCCCAUAGUGCUGAAGGUGAUCGACCAUCGGCCGUUCGGCAGGAAGCCGGUGGUGGGCCAGUGCACCAUCGCGUCCCUGGAGGGGUUCCGCUGCGACCCGUACCAGGCCAGGGCGGAUGUGUCCAUGACCUCCAAAAUGGCUUUGAUGGCGUCUCCUCCUCGCGACCUUGCUAUUAAUAUGGAUGACAGCAGACCACUACUGGAAGCAGAGCGUGUGGAGAAGGAAAAAGAGGUGGUUGACUGGUGGAGUAAAUUCUACGCAUCCAUAGGGGAGCAUGAGAAGUGCGGCCCCUACAGCCAGAAGGGAUAUGACACUCUCAAAGUGUAUGAGAAGGAACUGGAGGAUAUCGAGGAGUACAAGGGCCUAACCGAUUUCUGUGGCACCUUUAAACUGCAACGGGGCAAAGAUGAGUCUGGAGAAAAUGAUCCCACAGUUGUUGGAGAAUUCAAGGGCAUGUUUAAGGUGUACCCCCUCUCUGACGACCCCGGGGUGGCCCCCCCACCCAGGCAGUUUCGGGAGCUCCCAGAGAGCGGGCCCCAGGAGUGCCUGGUGCGGAUCUACGUGGUGCGAGGUGUGGACCUGCAGCCCAAGGACAACAAUGGCCGGUGUGAUCCGUAUAUAAAGUUAGCUUUGGGAAGGAAGACCGUUGACGACCGGGACAACUACCUGCCAAACACCACAAACCCAACAUUUGGCAGGAUGUUUGAGAUGUCAUGCUUCCUCCCACAAGACAAAGACCUGAAGAUUUCUGUCUAUGAUUACGACCUGCUGACCCGAGAUGAAAAAGUCGGAGAGACUGUGAUCGACUUGGAGAACCGCUUCCUCUCUCGUUAUGGUUCCUAUUGUGGUUUGCCUCAGACAUACUGCGUCUCUGGCAUUAACCAGUGGAGGGACCAGCUGAAGCCCUCUCAGAUCCUCCAGAAUCUGGCUCGGCUGAAGGGGCUCCCACAACCCCGAACCGAGGACAACGGAAACACCUUGUACUUUGCCGGAAAACAGCACAGCUUGGCAGAAUUUGAGGCUAACAAAGUGAUGCACCAGCAUUUGGGUCCGCCCACUGAGCGGAUUGCACUGCACGUGCUCAGAAUGCAUGGCCUGGUUCCCGAACAUGUGGAGAGCAGAACCCUCUUCAGCAGCUUCCAGCCCACCCUCUCUCAGGGUCGUCUUCAAAUGUGGGUGGAUGUGUUCCCCAAGAGCCUUGGUCAUCCAGGACCUCCCUUUGACAUCGCACCCCGCAAGGCACAAAAACAUUUUCUGCGUGUCGUCGUCUGGAACACCACGGAUGUGAUUCUGGAUGAGACCAGUGUUACAGGGGAAAGGAUGAGUGACAUCUAUAUCAAAGGUUGGAUGCCAGGCAUGGAGGAAGACAAGCAGAAGACAGAUGUACACUACCGCUCUCUGGAUGGAGAUGGCAACUUCAACUGGAGAUUAGUGUUUCCAUUCGACUACCUGCCCGCUGAGCAGCUGUGUCUCGUCUCCAAAAAGGAACACUUUUGGAGUCUUGAUCAAACUGAGUUUAGAAUACCACCCAAGCUGAUCAUUCAGAUAUGGGACAAUGACAAAUUUUCACUGGACGACUAUCUGGGUUCCGUUGAGCUUAACUUGCAUCACCUCAUGACACCAAAAAAGAUGUCUCAUAAGUGCAAUAUUGACAUGCUGUCAAAAGAGGGCGUUAUUCCUCACCAGAAAUGGGAUGCAACCAAGUCACUCUUCAACCAGAAGGCAGUCAGAGGGUGGUGGCCCUGUGUGGUUGAGAAGGAUGGCAAAAAGGAGCUUGGUGGGAAGGUGGAGUUGUCAUUGGAGAUAGUGGCUGAAAAGGAAGCGGAUGAGAGGCCAGCAGGAAAAGGCCGUGAUGAGCCGAACAUGCACCCUAAACUGGAUCUCCCAAAACGUCCUGAAACGUCCUUCUUUUGGUUCACCAAUCCGUGUAAGACCUUGAAGUUCAUCGUGUGGCGGAGGUUUAAAUGGCUGUUCAUUGGGCUGAUCUUGCUCUUCCUGGUCUUGCUCUUCCUCGGAAUCCUGCUGUAUUCACUGCCGAACUACAUUUCUAUGAAGAUUGUGAAGCCUUUCUAAUCAAGACGUCCUCUUCCAAAACGCCUAACUUGGGGCUGGAAACCAUCAUAAAAGUCCAUUUGAGGCACUAACUGCCAGCAGCCUUUUUUGUUUUAUGAAAUGUUUGUUUUUGGACUAUGCAAAUUUGUAUUUUUAUUAAAAAUGUCACUAGUAGUGGUAGUUUUAAAUGUUCUGUAUUUGAUUACAUGUUGGCAUAUUCUUGUAAUGCUUUCAUGCUGGGUCUUACACUUUUGCCUUUGCCUUGUUUAAGGAAAGUUUGAGCACUUUUUCCUGUUUUGCACUUUGAUCGAUUGUUUUGUACUUUUUAUGUAUGGGAUUAUAUAUGUAAUGAAAUAUUUGUACUUGCAGAGAUGCAAACCUCCCUGAGUAUGUUAAAUAAAUUAA